AUGUCUUCACGGUCUGCCUCAAGACCUCACCUUCUAAGACUACGACAUAUGCAAGGUGAUGUGGUCACUUCUAUGACAGAUAAUCUUAAAGAUAUGGCAAUAAAACUUCAACUAGUGCCCAAUCUUGACCUUACCUGCCAAACUACACCAGACACAUGCAGGGAUGUGGUCAGUUCUUCACCUAGACCAGUGGUCAUCCUAUCAAGUGAAAUUGAGGUGAUGUGUGACACACAGACAGACGGUGGAGUAUGGACGGUGAUACAGAGAAGAUUCAACGGACAAACAGAUUUCUAUCGGGGGUGGGAGGAAUACAAGUAUGGGUUUGGAGAUGUGGAUGUCGGAGAAUUUUGGCUGGGCAACGAGAACAUUCACCGUCUGACGUCACAAAGACGAUACGAGCUGAGGGUCGAUUUUAAAUUUAACAACACGGACUACUUCGCGAAAUAUUCCAGGUUUCGGGUGUAUGGAGAGGUGGAGGGAUACAGGUUAAAGGUCAGCGAUUACUCGGGAAACGCUGGUGAUUCCUUUGCUUGGGCACACAACGAUCAGAAGUUCAGCACGUUUGAUAAAGUUAACGAUGCUGGUCCUGGAAACUGUGCCGCCUGGUGGUAUAAAUAUUGUCACGUGUCCAAUCUGAACGGACUUUGGGGAAGCACACAACAUGCCAAGGGUGUGAUCUGGUGGGAUACCACUACGCACACUGCUUCAGCAACCUUCACUGAAAUAAAAAUAAGGAAAAAGGGACUGUAUUAUGCUUAG